AUGUUUGCGCUUCUAUUAUUGCUUGGCUUUGUCAACCAACCACUCGCCCAGUCCAAUUCAACGGCCCUGGAAGGCUGGCGGUUGGAUGACAACACACGCUCAAGUUGGGACAUUUUCUGGACUUGUGUUUCAACAAUCCUUGCUUGCACAUGGACAGCCCUGCACAGUUCUGUCCCAACCCGCUGUAUCUUUGGUGGCAAGGCAGCCGCGUGGGUAGGCACGGUUCUUGCUCCGGAGUUCAUGGCUGGAACUGCGGCCGAAGAACUAUGGCAGGCAAGAUCUGCAGUGGCACGCUGUACUGCUGCUUUCCGUAUAGUGAAUAGGAAACGAAGUGAUCUAGACUUCUCGGAGGUUCCGAAACCACUAAAGACAGAAGAAUUUGACCGCCGCAGGAACAGUAUCGGUUUUGCCUUGACUAAGGAUGAUUGGACAUAUCUAGUACACUGUGGUAAUGUUGUGGACCUGAUUAAAACACGCGUUAUCAAGCCAUCUCACUUGAGGACUAGAGACAUCCAAGACCGCGCCAAAGCUGACUCCUUGCCCAAGGUUUUACUCUGCUCCAAGCCUUCUGGGCGACUUGCAACAAGAGCGUACAACUUGCCAAUUACGGCUUUCGAGAUUGCUAUAGUGGUUUAUAUCUCUUGUGCCGCCGCUACGUAUCUAAUUUGGUGGAAUAAAUCGAAAGAUAUGGUCCACUCGGAUGUUAUCGCUAGAGACAUUGGCUCUCCGGUAUGGCAUAUCAUUGCAGCAUGUUUCCAUUUCCAACUUAUUGUGUUAUCAAUUAUUUGCGCACCUUGGCCAUGGAAUAGAAACUGGGAAGAGUUCAAAAAUAAGUUGGAAAUGAGAAUCCGAAAUGCAUCAGCCAAGCCCUCUGAUGCCAGCAAUGGAGGCCACAAAGACGAGGAAAGUCCCCGGGAGACUGAAAAAGCAUCUCAUACCAACAAUGGUAGCCAUAAAGACAAAGAACUUUGCGAUGGGCCAGAAUCAGAGCCAGUGAUCCUCAAUGGUGACUAUCAGGAUGAGGAAAUUCCCCAUGGUGUCCCAGCAGUACCAGGGUCCCCACAGCAGAGAAAUGGACCAGAAGUUGACGGAAGAUUGAUCGCAACGGAAACUUGCCAAGGAAAAGAACCAUUGAUGAGGUCCUCUGAAGCCAGCAGAAAUGACCACCGAGACGUGGAAACCCAUCAGAAAACCGAGCCAGCAUCGAAGCCACAAAAGCUGAGGAAUUCGGUAGAAGACGACGAAAGACUGACGAUCAUGGAAUGGACCAAAAUCGCUCAUUUCUACAUGUUUGGUGGGGUGGUCUUUUGCGGAAUAUAUGUUGCUGCGUACGUACUAUUAUAUCCUUUCACAUUCUUCUCAAUACUGGAUAAAGCUGAUAAUUGA